AUGGGAUCGAUCGACCAAGCCCCUGCCCAUAAGUGGCUCCCUCUUACUCCCCCUCUUGCUGCCCCGGUUGCUACUCCUGCUGAGGAGGAGGACAGUAGCCCUCUCCCAUCUUCUUUCUCCUCUGAACAUGGCGAGUCUUCUGGCUAUGAGACUGAACCUGAACCAGAGCCUGAGGUUGAAUCCGAUGACAAUGAGGAAGAUGAGAACGAAGGUGGCAUGAGUGUUCACUAUCGUCGUCCCUUAUACAUCCAGUCUGACAAUGAUGUUGGAAAGGGAAGUGAUGCUGAUGACCAAGACGAUGAGGACAGCGUCAACGUCAACUCCAACACCAACCCUAACGUUCAUGUGAACUACUAUGCCGAGAACAACGACGAAGCGAUCCACUCCGACGAUGAUGAGCCUCACUAUUACCACAUCGAGGACAUCGCGCAGCCGCAUGUUCACUACCGUGCGGUCCCGGUCCAGCCUCGCCGUGCAUACGACCCUGACGUCCAGCGUGCCCGCCGUAUCUACAGGGCUAUGUACGGCGGCCGUCACUCCAAUGAGACCACAGGCGAAUACAUCAUUGGCUUGUUUCUGUUCAUCUUCUUUGGCCCAAAACUGGCGAUGAUGUUACUUCACGCUCGUCACACCUUUUUUCAGAAAGCGGCCGCUCUUGCUGCUCAGAAGGCGGCCUACGAUGCUUUGACUGAAGAGUUCGAGAUCAGCUAUGUGAGACCUGUCUCGGAUGAGGCUGUUGUUCCCAACAUCGUCGCCACUUACCAUGUUCCCGGCGAAUAUGUCGAAGACAGCGAGGAUGAGAUAGAGGCUGCGAUCGAGGCUUAUAACAACGGGCCGUCGGAAAUUGACGAUCCUAACGAAACUGCACUGAGUGCCCUUUUCCCUGAUUAUGAGAAUCAUGAUUACGACGCGGACGAGUCUGCCUAUAUCACCGGUGAGGACGAGGGAAACUUUGGCGAUGACGAAGCUACCGAUAGUGGCUACGAAGAGUACUAUCCCUGA